AAAAGACUUGUCGCCCAUGGCUGGCGCUGCCUAUCUACCAUUCGCCAGGACGCGACGAGCAAUCCUCGAGCUUGGAGAAGCGAGGCGCCGGAGGUACGUAGCCGGGCAUGGGCAAGCACGAUAAGCACCACCACCACCACCACCACGACGUGGAGGCAGCCUACCCGGCGGAGCACGACGGCUACAUGAUCGAGACGCCGGAGCUCCGGUGGGCCUUCAUCCGGAAGGUCUACGUCAUCGUGUCCCUGCAGAUGCUCGUCACGGUGGCCGUCGCCGGCGCCAUGUACCUCACCCCGGCCGUGAGGAACUUCUUCCUCUCCCAGACCCCCGCCGCGCUCGCUGCCUUCAUCGUCAUCCUCAUCUCCCCCCUCCUCGUGAUGCUGCCGAUGGUGUACUUCCGGCAGAAGCACCCGAUCAACCUGGUGUUCCUGUUCAUCUUCACCGUCUGCAUCAGCGCCUCCGUGGGGCUGGGCUGCCUCACAAAGCGAGGGCCGAUCAUAUUCGAGGCGGCCGCCAUGACGCUCGUCGUCGUCGCCGGGCUCACCGCAUACACCUUCUGGGCGGCCAAGCGCGGGCACGACUUCGAGUUCCUGGGGCCCUUCCUCUUCGCCGCCUGCCUCAUCCUCUUCAUCUACGCGCUCCUCAUGGUGCUCUUCCCCUUGGGCAAGACGGCGGCGCUGGUGUACGGCUGCAUCGCGUCGCUCGUCUUCUCGGCCUUCAUCAUCUACGACACCGACAACCUCAUCAAGAGAUACACCUACGACGAGUAUGUCGCGGCGUCCAUCACGCUCUACCUCGACAUCAUCAACCUCUUCAAGGCGAUCCUCAUCGCGCUCGAAGGCGCCGAUUGAUGGAUCGAUCGUACAAACCAGCCAGAAAUGAUUGUCAUCCUCCUUCUGCGCGCUCCAUGUAUGCUAAACUAGAUUUGAUCAUACGUAGAUUCUGAUGUAACCUGACGUGCUCUCUGAUUAACAGAAAAUAUUGCCAAACGA